AGACCACAGUGAACCAGCAGAUGAACAGCAGCUCCUCUCUCCACAGCUUCACAAACCAUUUACAGGAGGGCAAGAUGAAGCUGCUCGUCUGGCUCAGUAUUCUCCUCUGCCUCUUCGCCUGUCAUUUCAUUGAGGGCAGAGUCAUCCCAGAAGGAGUGCCAUACGAUGAGCCACCAGCUGUCCCCUACUGGCCCUACUCCACGUCUGACUUCUGGAACUACAUCGAAUACUUCAAAUCAAUCGGUGCCUACAACCAUAUCAAUGAGAUGGCCCGGGCCUUUUUCGCCCACCAGCCCAUCGGAGACACCCUGGGAUAUGAGACCAAUGAGGGACACGAACACUGAGAGGGGUGGAAGGUGCCAGGAGCAGAAGAAAGGAUUUAGUAGCUGCCUUUCUACCUUCAGUAAUUAUAAAGGAAUGCAUUUCUUACUUUAGCAGACAGAAGGGAUUUUGAGUAGAGAAGGAAAAAUAAACAAGAUCAAACAUAAGCCACAAAUUAAAUGAGGUGAAGGACAAGGGUAGCAUUCACAAAACUUAGUUUUUUGGUCCAAGUGUAACAAUGUGUGUGUUACUGUAGCAUAGAUGUAGAAUUCAGAGGUAGAAGAAACUGAACUUCUGUAGUAGAUUGUAUAAUAUCUACAUGUAGUAUGCCACAAAUAAACAUGAUUUAAAUAUC